AUGGAUAACAACGAUGUGUCUUUAGUUGAAGAUACUCAUCACAAGUCACCGUCAAUUCAACAGACGGCCAGAACGUCUCACACAACUUCAGAGCUCGUUCACUCUCAUACGGUGAACCUUUCCAUGCAGCCCGGCGGGACUACUCAUCCUCUUGGUUCCCUUAUUCACCCAACUCCUACUCCUUCACCUCCUCCUUUAUCUAUACAACAAUCGCAAGCUCAGCAACCAAUAAAGUUUGUAUUUGAAAGGUUUUCUUCGGGUGUAAAUACUCCCCCUUCCAUGAACACUCCUAUACCUUCCCCAAGACCGGUAAAUAGGUUAGACGAAGACGCGACUCCUGAUGUAAUGGAUGUCCGCAGAACACAUAAAACUCAACUAACCAUCAAUACGACUCAAAGUACUGAUUUUGCUAAAAAGAACCGUAAUAAACGAAAACACCGCUCAUAUAGAACUUCCUUAGAUUCUCCCAUUUCACUUAACAGAGACGAAGAUUCAAAGUCCGACUCAGAUUACGGGGAUCCCAUGAUAACCGAAUACACCACAAGAAGUGAGGCAUGUUCGGAUUACGAUAUGGAUGAGUCGGUAACACCCGUAGAAGCUUUGAAGAGACUUUUGAUGCAAUUUACAGCCAUGUCUCAUCGUCGACUUGAAUUAAUUCUGCCCGUUCUUUUAGAUAAUGACAUAGACGACCCAGAUAUUCUUUUAUUAAUUGAAAACGAACAAUUCCUCCGCGAUUUACGCGGUAAAAAUGGGUCAUCUCUAAGUAUUGGCAACAUUUUAACACUUUGGCAUGGAAUUCAAGAACAUCGGAACGGAGCUAGUGCUGACCUUAUUUCUUCUCAAUUAGCCGCACCAAAAGCAAAAAGACCAAGAUUGGAUUUUUUAGAAAGAGAAGACCAUAGAAAUGUUUCUUCUGGACAUGAUUCUCGCUCUCAUCAUCACAAUAAUCACCACAAUAAUGUCGGUAACAUUAAACAGAGAGUAAAAGCUCCUAAAUUAAGUAUGUCCACUAUAGAGGAAGUUCAUACACGAGUGGACUGUGUUUUAUCCGUUGUAUCGGCUGAAAAUGAACGUCGAAAGCAUGUUGCGCUUUCUCGCAACAGUAACGCUCGUCCAACAGUUAGAUUUGAGGAUUUCGUUGCCGAACUUAAAUCAUCACAUAAAAUCCCAGUGGCUUUUGGUACUUUACGAGACAUGCGGUUUGCGUAUAUGCUUAAAAAAUUGGAUAGACAACGUUAUGCUGACACUCUUACAAGAAAUAGAAGCAAUGUCACAGAAUUCUAUAGGAGCUGUCAAGAGGUUUGUGAGGAAAAUUUCAAAGACGAUGAAUUAGAGGCAGCUUUGCCUUGGUUGGAACUCAAAGCAAAAAUGUAUUAUAAGUAG